UUGCUCUGUAUGUAACUCAGGGAGAUCGGAGGAAGCGGCAGCCAGGUGGCGACCCUGCAGGCAGCGGCGAGCACAAAUCACAAUGGCCUGGCCCGCUGCCAGGAGCUGGGAUUCUGCCAUCACACGGCCCACCAACACUGCAAGAGCAGCUCAUGGUCAGUCAUCAUCACAGACCCUCUCCACGCGUCUCUCUCUCUCAGUACACUCAGUACUAUUUCACUGUCAGCUUUACCCAUGAAAACCAAAAGGCGCUCGAGUUACGCACAGAAGACGUAAAGGACUGCGAUGAAUGGGUGGCUGCGAUAUCACACGCCAGUUACAGAAACUUGGCCAACGAGCAUGAGACUCUCAUGCAGAAGUAUCUUCAUCUGCUUCAGAUUGUGGAGACGGAGAAAACAGUUGCUAAGCAACUUCGACAACAGAUAGAAGAUGGGGAAAUAGAGAUUGAAAGGCUUAAGUCAGAGAUCUCUGGACAUCUCAAGGACAACGAGAAGAUCCACGCCAGCCCUGCAGCUGCCCCAACCGAUGACGACUCAGAAAUCAAGAAAAUCAAAAAAGUCCAGAGCUUCCUGCGAGGCUGGAUUUGCAGGAGGAAGUGGAAGACAAUCAUCCAAGAUUACAUCCGCUCACCCCACGCAGAGAGCAUGAGGAAGAGGAACCAGGUGGUGUUCAGCAUGUUGGACUCGGAGGCCGAGUACGUCCAGCAGCUUCACAUUCUGGUGAACAACUUCCUGAGACCGCUCCGCAUGGCAGCCAGCUCCAAAAAACCACCCAUCACCCAUGAUGAUGUCAGCAGCAUUUUCCUAAACAGUGAAACUAUCAUGUUCCUACAUCAGAUAUUCUACCAGGGGCUAAAAGCCAGAAUAGCGAGUUGGCCAACAUUAGUGCUGGCCGACCUGUUUGACAUCCUGCUGCCCAUGCUGAACAUCUACCAGGAGUUUGUGAGGAACCACCAGUACAGCCUGCAGAUCCUCGCUCACUGCAAGCAGAACCGAGACUUUGACAAGCUGCUGAAGCAGUACGAGGCCAAGCCUGACUGUGAGGAGAGGACUCUGGAGACCUUCCUCACCUACCCCAUGUUCCAGAUUCCCCGCUACAUUCUUACUCUCCACGAACUCCUGGCCCACACGCCCCAUGAACAUGUAGAAAGGAACAGUCUCGACUACGCCAAAUCUAAGCUGGAGGAGCUUUCCAGAAUCAUGCACGAUGAAGUGAGCGAGACCGAGAACAUCAGGAAGAACCUGGCAAUAGAGCGCAUGAUCGUAGAGGGCUGUGAGAUUCUUCUUGACACCAGCCAGACGUUUGUAAGACAAGGGUCUCUCAUCCAGGUGCCGAUGAGCGAGAAGGGCAAGAUCACCCGUGGGCGACUGGGCUCUCUGUCUCUUAAGAAGGAGGGGGAGAGGCAGUGCUUUCUCUUCUCCAAGCAUUUAAUCAUCUGCACCAGAGGAUCUGGGGGAAAGCUUCAUCUCACCAAGAAUGGAGUUGUCUCUCUAAUAGACUGCACUCUUUUGGAGGACCCUGAGGGGACAGAUGAUGAGUCCAAAUCAGACAAGAGUGGCCAGGACAUGGAGCACCUGGACUUCAAGAUUGUGGUGGAGCCAAAGGACAGCCAGUCAUUCACAGUCAUCCUGGUGGCCUCCUCCAGGCAGGAGAAGUCUGCUUGGACCAGUGACAUCAGCCAGUGCAUAGACAACAUCCGCUGCAAUGGGCUGAUGAUGAACGCCUUUGAAGACAAUUCCAAAGUCACAGUGCCACAGAUGAUCAAGUCAGAUUCGAGUCUUUACUGUGAUGAUGUAGACAUUCGCUUCAGCAAGAUGAUGAACUCCUGCAAGGUGCUACAGAUCCGUUAUGCCAGUGUCGAGCGCCUGCUGGAGAGACUGACUGACCUCCGUUUCCUCUCCAUCGACUUCCUCAACACCUUCCUGCACUCUUAUCGCGUGUUUACCACCGCUGAUGUGGUGCUAGACAAGCUUAUCACCAUCUACAAGAAACCCAUCAGUGCCAUCCCUGCGAGGUCCCUGGAGUUAUUCUUUGCCAGCAGUCAGAACAGUAAACUCCUGUAUGGAGAGCCUCCCAGCUCCCCGAGGGCAAGCAGGAAGUUCUCAUCCCCUCCUCCUCUCGCUAUCGCCAAGAAUUCAUCCCCAAAUCGCCGGCGCAAGCUGUCCCUCAACAUCCCCAUCAUCACUGGGGGCAAAGCUCUUGACCUGGCUGCCCUCAGCUGCUCAUCAAAUGGCUAUGCAAGCAUGUACUCAUCCAUGUCACCGUUCAGCAAGACCACCUUAGACAUCAACAAACUGUACGUGUCCAGCCCUGUCUCGAGCAAAAUCCCUGAUGAGGGAGAGGACAAGAAGGACAAGGUGGAGGACACCUCAGUGAGCAAACAAGAUCUCUCUGUUCGGGAAGAAAGUGACAAUGAUCCGAACCAGAGUGACGAUGGGGAAGCAGAAGCCUCUCCCACCAAGUCACCAACCACCCCGAAAAACAUCAAAGGCAAAAACUCAGAGUUCUCUCUGUUUUCCUACAACAAUGGCAUGGUGAUGUCCUCAUGUCGAGAGAUGGAUAACAACCGCAGUGCCCUGUCAGCUGCCUCAGCCUUUGCUAUUGCUACAGCUGGAGCCAAUGAAGGCACGCCUACCAAGGAGAAAUAUCGACGGAUGUCCCUCGCCAGUACUGGAUUCCCAACAGACCAGAGAAAUGGAGACAAAGAGUUUGUGAUCAGGCGAGCAGCGACCAACAGAGUCCUGAAUGUCCUGAGGCACUGGGUGUCCAAACACUCUCCGGAUUUUGAUAGUAACAAUGAGCUGAAGACUAAAGCUAUUGUGUUCCUGGAGGAAGUGAUGCAUGACCCUGAGCUGUUGACCCAGGAGAGGAAAGCAGCAGCCAACAUCAUCAGGACUCUAACUCAGGAAGAUCACGGUGACAAUCAGAUCACCCUUGAAGACGUGACACAACUGGUGAGUGAAAUUGGAGAAGGGAAGGUGGAGGCCUUUGAGAGUCACUCCGCGUUGGAGAUCGCUGAACAGCUCACUCUGCUGGACCACCUGGUGUUUAAGGUCAUCCCAUAUGAAGAGUUCUUUGGACAAGGCUGGAUGAAGAAUGACAAAAAUGAAAAGACGCCGUACAUCAUGAGAACAACAAAGCACUUCAAUGAUAUAAGCAACCUUAUUGCCACAGAGAUCCUGCGCUGUGAAGACGUGGUCACUCGGGUGGUGGUCUUAGAGAAAUGGGUGGCUGUAGCGGACAUCUGUCGCUGUCUCCACAACUACAACGCCGUGCUGGAGAUCACCUCGUCCCUCAACCGCAGCUCUGUCUUCCGCCUCAAGAAGACCUGGCUCAAGGUUUCUAAGCAGACAAAAGCAUUGAUUGACAAGCUGCAGAAGCUGGUCUCAUCAGAGGGGAGGUUCAAAAACCUGAGAGAGGCUUUGAAGAAUUGUGAUCCUCCAUGUGUGCCAUAUCUUGGGAUGUACCUCACCGACCUGGCUUUCAUUGAGGAGGGAACGCCAAACUACACCGAAGACAACUUGGUCAACUUCUCAAAGAUGAGAAUGAUUUCUCACAUCAUCAGAGAAAUCAGGCAGUUUCAGCAAACAGCAUACAAGAUUGACCUGCAACCAAAGGUAGCCCAGUAUCUACUGGAUAAUAGCUUUGUUCUGGAUGAAGAGAGCAUGUACGAGGCCUCACUGAGAAUUGAGCCCAAAGUGCCCAACUGAUGGGGAAGUUGGUCGUCGCAUUCAUUUCUCUGCUAAUAUUACACAUCAGUAAACAUACACAUUACCUUUUGUAUAGUUGUACAUGGUUAAGAUAUUUGCUCUUCUGUACAGUAGAUGUUUAAGGAUGUUUAACACAAAACCUUUCAGUGUAUAUUUUUUGUUUGUUACAGUUGCCACCUGCUUUUCAUUUUAUUUUGGGGUAUUUUAAGCAUAAUAACAGAGGUCCCUUUGGUUGCACACAACUGUGUCUUCUUAGUGACCAAUGACAUUAUUUUGCAUCCUCUUUUAAUGUGUUGACUUUUCUGAACAUUCGUGCUGCCAGCUGUUGUUCUAUUUGCUUGAGUUUUAUCUAUGACUGAGUUUCUCUGCAACCAAUGUAGCAUUGUAAAAAUGUAACUGCAUCAAAUCAGGUAAAAGAGCACAGAGAAUACAACUGUAUUUAAAGAUAAGGCACAAUGAUCAAUGGAGAUGACAGCGAGGAACCUGAAGCAUUAAUGUCUUUGUGCUUCCCAAACCAAAAUAACAGGGAUUUGUUUUCUUAAUUUCUGCUCACUACUCUAAAGUCAGAGGUUCCCAACCAAUCUGUGGCACUGAGGACUGUUUUCAUACUGACAGUGUCAUUACAGACCAGGGAAUAAAACAUAGAUUCUUAUAAAGUGAGGAUGAUAGGGAGGUUUUGUUUUAGUUUUUCAUCAUGACGUUAUGGACUCAGUGGAUCACCAAAGUUAUUAUAAAUCAUCCUUAGUAGAACAUAAAUAUCUAAACCAAAUUUGUUGGCAAUCCAACAAACAGUAAUUGAGACUUUUCACUAAAAACUGUGGAUAUGUGUGACAAUAGUUAUUGUAAUAUGGGUCAAAGUCAGGAUGAAAUAUACCUAGUCAUGCUGCUAACAUGGCUAGAAAUCAAUAUAACGGUGGUGAGAACAUGUUGGGGAAGACAAAGGCAAAACUUAUUAUUUAUUGUUGUUUGCAUCAUCAGAAAGUCUCUGUGUUCCGAGGGAGGGAAUUGGGAACCUCUGCUUUAAGAUACAUGUCUUUACUAAACUAAAAUGAAUAUAUUUUUAAGUGUUUUUGUUAUUUGUCUUAAAGUGACACACUCUCGAUCUAAGCCUUUUGUCACACAAGAUGCCCAAACCCACCUCAGUUUAUUUAUAAUCUGUGUGAUGACAAACAGUGAUAAGGAAAAGUUCAAUUUAUUUUGAUAGCUGUCAUUAAAGGUGAAGCAUUCAUCAUCAGAAUUUAGCUUUACGCUUAAAAUAAACAUAAAGUAUACAGUACAGUGAGUUCUACCUAUGCUCAAAUUUCAAGUUCUUGGUAUUUAGUUCAAUUCAUAAAAAAAGAUCACACGCGGUGGAAAGUGUUGUACCUUCAGGUUUGGCGAUACUUAUGUAGAGUAAAAGGUUGUUGCUCUUCUGUAAUUAAAAGACAAUCUGUCCUUUUUGCUGUUCCAGUGAUUGUGGAACGUGACUGUAUAUCACUCUGUUAUAUGCAUUGCUGUUUAAAACUUAUGAUAAAAACUUAUGUGAAUGA